AUGCGCAACCGUUCAGGUUCAUGCACAACUGUUCGGGUUCUUGCAUGGAUCCUAUGCAAGAGCUACACUCAGCCGCAGGCAUUCACAUCAACUGCAGCAGCGUUGGGGAGUAAGGCGGGCGCCCCAAUCACGAACCGUUGGAACCGUUCUGCUUACCACCGCAUCUUCGAGGGGCUUGCCACGCCCGUCUCUACUCGCAUCGGAUUCCCGCGUUCAGCAAUCAGGCCACCACUUUCAUCUCCAUCGGCUGCGACCCAGAGGCUCAUGAUAUCUUCUCAGGACCAUCCCGAUGAAGUGGCAGAACAACGUUGGUUUCGUCAUUCUUGCUACUGCCGGUUCUGCCUUAUCGAUUUGUUAGAACGGCAGCGUGAAUUUACAACCGAUAAAGCCUACGUCUUGCGCGAGAUUAGUGCAAAGAAGUUCAAAGUCUAUUACGGGACCUGGAGGGAGGAUCAGGACGACGAGGAGAAACAGACACAGAUUUCUCCAUCGCCGUUGCUUGCGCCAACAUGUAACAACACGCAGAUUCCAGUGUCCAACAGGCCAACAACGGCAAGGAGACGUACAACGUCCGCGUCGUGGAUACGUUGA